AUGUCUUUUAGAUCCUACUUCAAUUCCAACGUCGUGAAUGAGGCACUUAGCGUUAUUCAUAGGGUGGUCCCUGGUGCUGCUACUCGAACUGAUGAGCUUUUACCUGGGGGGAGGCGAUGGGAACACAUUGUAGAAAUAGUAGAGAACAUGGACCUGCCAGCACUGGAUCGAGAGGUUUUCCUAAGGGCACUCAAGGAAGCUCACAACAUCUGGCAAACAGGGCCUGACUUCGAUCCUGCCAAUAUACCAACUAUGUUGGAGCAGAUCUGCAACGCACUACCGACUAUCCCAGGUGUAUCUGAAAGUUUGACUGCGAUUUUAGCGAUCGCAUCAGUCUUUAUAGGAAUAAGCUUCUUCACCCCAGGAUCUCUGACGGCGGCGAUGAAUUGGUUGUGGGAACACAUACAGGGGACGCAUAACGACAACCGUCCUCCAACACCGACUGCGCGUCCGGCGGACAGUGAUUACGCUAUUACCAGAAUGGGUCCUAACCACCUGAGUGGCGGCACCGGCACUGCAGCACCUACGAGCACUUCCGCCAGACAGAAGAACCCAUCAGAUACUGCAACUCGAGACACGCGACCAGGUCCAGGGGCCGGUGCUCCAGAGGAUGUGAUCAAUAGGUCUACGAGCGACUUGAUUUCUCGAUCGGACGAUUCAGCUGAAGAGCAGAUUGCACAAGCAGUGAAAACAACGCAGGCCGGGAAUCAGAAAUGGGAAACAGCUCAACAACUCGCUCUGGUCCUUCUCAUGCGAGAGCAGCCCGCGCUGAGCCCUAUCGUCGUCCCAAACCGCAAAAGUCACGACAACAGCGGGAGCUUGAACGUCUUCAGAUCGACAUGGACGAUCACGAACGAGGAUUUUUCUGAGAAGAGAGGAAAGAAGCAAGAGAAGAGGGGGAUCAGGGUGAGGAAGGAGUAA